UUCCACAUUAGAUGGCCGCGAUUUAAGAUGGGGCUCGUAGAAAGUGCAGUAGACGAUGCGCUUUAUUUUGGAGUUUUGCUAGCGCUGUUUCUUCGAUGGUGCAUUUCACUCUAUCCUUAUUCUGGUGCUGGAAAACCACCAAUGUUUGGGGAUUAUGAGGCCCAGAGACACUGGAUGGAAAUUACAGUCAAUUUACCAGUAGAGGAUUGGUACAAAAAUACAACUAAGAAUGACCUAUUGUAUUGGGGACUUGACUAUCCACCACUUACAGCUUAUCAUAGCUUAUUGUGUGGUUAUGUGGCAAAAUGGAUCAAUAGCUCAUGGACAGAACUUUUUUGGUCAAGAGGACUCGAAACAUAUCACCAUAAGCUGUUCAUGAGAGCUACAGUUGCUGUUGCGGAUAUACUAGUUUACUUUCCACCUGUAAUUCUCUACUGGAUUUUCUGCAAGCAUCCAUCCAGACCGAGAGACAAGGCUAUUUGUGCAACAUUAAUGUUGUUAGUUCCUGGCCUCAUUCUGAUUGACCAUGGUCACUUUCAAUAUAACUGUGUUAGCUUAGGACUGACACUUUGGGCCAUUUUAUUUUUGUCCCAAGGAUACGAUCUUUUAGGUGCUGCUUUCUUUGUCUUUGCCUUAAAUUACAAACAUAUGGAGCUUUACCAUGCUCUUCCUUUUUUUUGUUACCUGCUAGGAACCUGUAAUCGAAAAAAGUUUCUAGAGGGCAUUUUGAAAGUUCUUUUACUGGGAGCUGUGGUUAUUGGCACUACUGCACUCUGUUGGGCACCAUUUCUAACAAAACUUGACACAUCUCUUCAAGUCCUUAGAAGGCUUUUCCCAUUUGACAGAGGCCUUUAUGAGGACAAGGUAGCAAACUUUUGGUGUGCUCUUUCAGUAGCUGUGAAGUUGAAAUCAAGGUUUUCAAUUCCAAGUCUAGCCUACAUCAGUGGGUUUACUACUAUGAUAGCCAUGAUUCCGUCCUCUCUUCAUCUUCUCGCAAGACCAACCCUUCAAGGAUUCAAGAUUUCCAGUUUGUUUCCACUGCUGUUGAAAGAUGGUCUGGUUAUACCCUUCUUUUGUUUACUACUUUUAUAUCUGGUUAUUGUGUUUAAAGCUUAUGGACACAUGAGUCUUGGCUUCCGAGAUGGUUGGAAACAAAGGGUCAAAACGUUAAUGUUUGUAUUUUCUGUAACAGGAUGUGGAAUCCUGACAGUGGUACACUUAGCUGUAGCUCCACCAUCUCGUUAUCCAGACCUUCAUCCUGUUCUGAACUGUUUGUAUAGUUUCUCUCAUUACCUGAUGUUUACAGUGUAUUUUCACAAGCUCCAGUUCUGUGCAACAGAUGAAUCAAUCACAGCUAAGGAACAAUUUACAAAAUUGAAAAUAUUCCCUUCAUCAUGCAGCUCAAAAACAAAACUUAAAGUAGAAUAAAACAUGUUUUGUGAAGUAUAAUGCUGAUACUUACAAAUGAAUAAAGUAGUCACUGUUUAUCUCUUAAACCUGUUUUACUUGUUAGCAGCUACAAUUCCUGUUUGAGUACUGCAUACAUGUCCAUGUCAUGUUUAAAAAUGUGUCUUUUGUAUUCAUCCUUGUUCAGUACAAACCAACUCACUCACUUAAGUGCUGUCAGGUAUUCUUUGUAUUAAAUUAUUUCUGUUUUGGCUUUAGCAGUUAGUAAAUUUAAUAGUGAAAGAUUUUUGUGUGUUUAUUUGAUUCUGGGAUGUUAUUCUAGGUAAGAUCCUGACUUAUAAAACUGCAAGUGAAGCGGGAGAUUUUUAAGGGAAGUUUUGUUUGUGUUUCAUCUGUUUAUUUACUAGAGAUUGUGAUGGUAACCUUCAAAACAAACAAAGCUCAGCAUAAAUUCUCUCUCUCUUCCAUAAUUUUCAAGAAAUCCAUGCAAAAAAUAUUCUGUGAAUAAAUGGAACACUGCCAUAUUUGUAUAAAACUGAGAAUAAAAGAAACUUUAAAAAGUUAAGUGGAGACUUUCAAGUGUGCAAUUUUUUAACAUGUCACAUAGAAAAAUAUCAAAAAUAACUUUAAAUUUUGACUAGAAAUAUUAGCUUUGUGUUUGAAUGCAAUAUAAUGAGUUGUUUCUUUAAGUAAUGCUAUAAUGUUUGUGAAAUUUUCUUUUCAGCUACAACUUACGUUUGUUUGCAUUUAUGUGUUAUAAAUAUGUUUAAUUACAAGUUAUUCAUGUUUUGAAGCCUUUUUUUUUAGUUUCUCCUUUUUUUUAAAUUGGGGAGGCUUUUAAAAAGUCUGUUUGCAGUUUGAACUUUGUAGUGAAUUUCUAGUCAAAAACACUUACCAAACAAUGUUGUAUGAACUAUUUGGAAACCUGAAACAAUACUCAAUUUAGUGCAUUUCCAUGAAAUUUACAAAAUAUAUAUACAACUUCUACACAAGACAUAUUUUUUCUUUCUAAACCAGAAAUACUUUUUUAACAAUUAGAAUUAAACAUGAGAUAUUGUUAAACUAAGAAAAAAUUAUUUAAAAAAAUCAUUAAAACAAAAGUACUUCCUGAGAAUUUUUUAUAUUGUAUAGACACACUGGAAGCGAUCUUAAAAAUAUCGGAGAAUGGUUGAAAAUAGUGAAUAAAAUUAGAUUGUAAGUUACAUCUCAUUUUAGUAAAAUUGUGUUCAACAUUAAAAUGUGUUUUAUUAACUUUCCUGUUUAAACUUGUAAUUUUAAGAUGCACUUUGAUUAUUAAAUUACUUUGAGGUUUUCAUAUCAGUUACUCUAAGCAUUUAAUUAACUGAAAUAAUACACAAGUUGGAUUUCUGGUUUCUCCCACUUAGUUUCAGGGAGUAUCAAUACCCUAACGUUGUAGAAGAUUGGAUCACAGAAUUAUGUAAGUUAUUAAAAUUUCUUGGAUGAUUCAACUUUUUAUGGCUGUGUAACUUUGGUAAAAUUUUCUUAAAAAACUUUAAUAAUUUCAACUCGGGAAGAAAAAAAACAGAUAGUUUCAAAUGUAGUUUGUAAUUGGAAUGCAUAGUAUUGAGACACAUAGCACUAUCAGGGUAAAGAAACGAUUAAUUAAUUAAUUUACAUUUUUCUCUUGAUACUUGCAUUCUAAUUUUGUAGAUUUCU